AUGCCUGGACGUCCACGAGUCGUACGUGCAACUGAUACAGUUGCCGAGCCUGUAACACGCGUCAUACGCCGUGAAGCCGUUAGUUACGUGCGUAAAUUAGAGAUUAUAGCUCAUUAUGAAACACACAAGAAUCUAGACGAGACCAUGGCGUUCUUUUAUCCAGAUAUUCCCGUAUCUCAAGCUCGCGUUAAGAAGCAAUUGAUCAUGCGCUGGCGGCGUGAGCGAAGUAAAAUUGCAGCAAUUUGUGCGUCUGGUGGCGGUAUUAAGACGAAUGACCGGAGGUUUGGUAUGGGUGCAACGUUAUCGACCGAGGCCGAGCAACGUAUCGUUGACUGGAUGCAGGAAAAACACGCUGCUGGUCACGUUGUGUCAGCUAAGGAGCUUACAGAGCGAGCAAUACAAGAAGCAGAAGAGGAUCAUUUGCAUCCAGAAUGCUUUAAAGCUUCGUGGACGUGGAGACAAUUGUUUUUACGACGACAUGGCUUUAUACAGAGAGCACAAUGGAGACAAAAGUAUGCAGGAGAUAUUAGUAGCUAA